GCUGUUUAGCAGAUCAGUCGAACAAAGAAAGUCGGUGCCCCACACAAUGGUGAAGGUCGUUGCGAUCUUUUGUCAAUCGCCAACACAUUUUUGUCGGUGAACUUUUGAUUUGUGACGUAGACAAUAACAAAACGCAACGUGAUCUUUGUGAACUGAAUUUUCAUUUCUCGUUAAGCCACGAGAAAACAUUUUUUUCCAGUGAAUUCAACUUUCGUGCCACUCCAAUGGCCGUCCUCUCUGCACGUGGGGAUCGGUCGCCAUGCCAACUAAUCCUCUUUCGCGAAACGGAGGGGAUUGUGCCAGGUCACGACGGGGUCAUUUUCCCCCUUCCAACAUCCCAGACCAUCAUCUAUAUACGGCGCAUAUGGAAAUUUGCCCAAGCGCUUCUUCCGGUUUCCGGUAUUGUCAGCUCCGGAACGCAUGCACGACACGUAAUACUGGGUGAUGCUGGUCCAUUGUACAUUGUAAUGACUACGGGUCGACGUGUCCAGAUGUGUAUCGUGACUUUGGGCUCCUGGGCACAGCACAUCGCGGCUUCCCCCUGUCUGCGAGCGAUUCCUAUCUCCAACUGACUGAUGUUUGUCCUAAUAUUGUUCAACUUCAACACUUGCUCUUCAAUGUUUAACCUCUCUAUUAUAUAUAAUGACAUUUCAAGAUUUUCUUUUC